AUGGACCUGGACGUGGACUACGAGCGCCCCAACGUCGAGACCAUCAAGUGCGUGGUGGUGGGCGACAACGCGGUGGGCAAGACGCGGCUGAUCUGCGCCCGCGCCUGCAACGCCACCCUCAGCCAGUACCAGCUCCUGGCCACGCACGUCCCCACCGUCUGGGCCAUCGACCAGUACCGCGUCUGCCAGGAGGUGCUGGAGCGCUCCCGGGAUGUGGUGGACGAGGUCAGCGUCUCCCUGCGCCUCUGGGACACUUUCGGGGACCACCACAAGGACCGGCGCUUUGCCUACGGCAGGUCAGACGUGGUGGUGCUCUGCUUCUCGCUGGCCAACCCCAACUCCCUGCGGCACGUGAAGACCAUGUGGUACCCCGAGAUCAAGCACUUCUGCCCCCGCACCCCCAUCGUGCUGGUGGGCUGCCAGCUCGACCUGCGCUACGCUGACCUGGAGGCCGUCAACCGGGCCCGGCGCCCCUUGGCCAAGCCCAUCAAACCCACCGACAUCCUGCCCCCCGAGCGGGGCCACGAGGUGGCCAAGGAGCUGGGUGUGCCCUACUAUGAGACCAGCGUGGUGGCCCAGUUUGGCAUCAAGGACGUCUUCGACAACGCCAUCCGUGCCGCCCUCAUCUCCCGCAGACACCUCCAGUUCUGGAAGUCCCACCUGAAGAAGAUGCAGCGGCCGCUUCUCCAAGCUCCCUUCCUGCCCCCCAAACCACCCCCGCCCGUCAUCCAGGUCCCCGACCCCCCUGCCAGCCGUGCCUGGGGUCCCGCCGCCCUCUUCCAGACCCCGCUCUGCGCCGAUGUCCUCUUCCAGCUGCAGGGUGGCCAGCAGGUCUUCGCCCACCGCGUCUACCUGGCCACCUCCUGCUCCAAGUUCUACGACCUCUUCACGCUGAAGGAACCAGGGGGAGGGGGCAAGGAGCCGGCCGCCCGCACCCGGAGCCUGGAGGGGGAGCGGGGGGUCCUGGCCGAGGGGGCACAGACCCCGCUGCGGACUUCCCAGAGCGAGGACGCCCUGCAGCCGGCGCCGGGGGCCGGCAGUGACGAUGGUGGCCACGACCUGUCGUCCUGGGGCCGCGGGUUCCUCAGCCUGCGGUGGGAGGCGGUGGCGGAGCCGGUGUCCGGGCGGGAGAGGCGGAUGGCGGUGGUGAGGAUGGACGGGCGGGUGCAGGCCGAGCCGUUCCGUGCCGUGCUGGAAUAUCUCUACACCGGGCGGCUGGACCAGGCCCGUGGUGACCUGCUGCAGGUGGCCACCAUCGCCGAGCUGCUGGAGGUCUUCGACCUGCGCAUGAUGGUGGCCAACGUGCUCAACAAGGAGAGCUUCAUGAACCAGGAGAUCACCAAGGCGUUCCACGUCCGCCGUGCCAACCGCAUCAAGGAGUGCCUGGGGAAGGGGGUCUUCGCAGACGUGGUUUUCCGGGUGGAUGACGGGGCGGUGCCGGCCCACAAGCCGCUGCUGGUGGCUGGCUGUGACUGGAUGAUGGCCAUGUUCCGGGGGGCUUUCCGGGAGAGCUUUGCUGACGAGGUCUCCUUGCCCGGCACCAGCUGCUCCUGCCUCCGCGCCGUCCUCGACUUCCUCUACACCGGGGUCUUCACCCCCACGCCUGACCUGGACGCCAUGGAACUCCUCAUCCUCACCAACCGCCUCUGCCUGCCCCGCCUGCAGGCGCUGACCGAGCAAUACGCGGUGGACGAGCUGCUGCGCGCCUUCGUGCAGCGGGUGGAGAUCGAUGAGCAGGUCAUCAUCUACCUGGAGAUGACACAGCUGCACAACGCCCGGCAGCUGGCAGCGUGGUGCCUGCACUACAUCUGCACCAACUACAACCGCGUCUGCCGCCGCUUCCCCCGGGAGAUGAAGUUCAUGUCUCCAGAGAACCGGGCGCACUUCGAGCGUCACCGCUGGCCCCCGGUGUGGUACCUGAAGGAGGAGGAUCUGUACCUGCGCUGCCAGAAGGAGCGGGAGCGCGAGGAGCAGCUGCAGCGCAAGCAGCACCCCCGGCGCCGCUGGUGCUUCUGGCGCCCCACGCCACCCCUGGCCUGAGCCGGGCGGGCGGGGGGCUCGGCAGACCCCCAGGACCCUCGCCCGGCUGUUUACAGGUGGGGCCACUGCUCAUCCUGCCCACCACGCCUCACCCCAGCACGGCGGUGGGACUGGCCCUGCUGAGCCCUGGCACAGCUGUGCCGAGCCGAGCCGUGCUGUGCCAUACCAAGCUAUGGCAUGGCUGUGCCUCCCCGUGCCAUUCUGUGCCGAGCCGUGGCACAGCCAUGCCAUGCUGAGCUGUGGCACUGCCGUGCCAGCCGUGGCACAGCCAUGCAGAACCGUGCCGAGCCAUGCCAAGCUCUGGCACUGCCGUGCCAAGCCGUGCCAUGCUGGCAGGGCCCCCCCCCCCUCCCCAGCCAACGCUGGUGCUACCUCUGACCAAGCAGUAUUGUGGGGCUGGGGGUGGGCAGGGUGUGGGGGGGCUCUGCUGGCCCCCUCCCCCUCCCAGGGGCUCCCCCACCCCGUGCCGGGGUCUCCCCCCGGGAAGGGCUCUCUGGUGCUGUAUUUACCCCCUUGAUGGAGAUGGGGGGGCCAAGCUGUGAGUGGGGUGGGAGUGUGUUGUGGGGGUCCCUGGGUGCUUGUGUGGCUGCAGGAACUGCUCCUGCUCGGGGAGGGGGGAGGCAAGGGCAGCCUGCCCCCCACCCAGCUCAUCUCUGUGCCUUGGCCAUGUCCCCACAGGGGCGACUGUCCCCAGCCCAGGGGAUUCCAGGGUCCCCAGUCUGAACUGCACAACCAUUUUUACACUUUUUUAACACCCCCCCUGCCUCACAAACACACCAGCCCCCCCUGGGCCCCCCAGCACAGUGAGUGGGGAUGCCCACACCUCUCAGCAUCAGCUGUUUUAACCUUUAAUAAAACCUUUUGUAACGGG